UCGGUGGUUUUUAGUGCUGUACAAGCGCUGCUGGCUAGUGUACACUGUACUGCUAGCAUAUGUUUUUUUUUUUUGUCGGUGUGCUGUAGAUUCGGGCUGCGCUGCUUCGAUGCUCUGUAUCCAGUGAAAUGUUCCGGCGUGUUGUCACAGGCGUGAGCAUUUUCGGUGGCGGUGUGGCAGCUUUUGUGGUUUGCAGCGAGCAAGCGAAGAAGCAUACUGUGCAAGCCUCUUGGACUACGAACUUCGAGCCGACCGUUCAGUGGGACAGCAACUGGGACAGGAGGGAGCCCGAGUGUUGCACAAAACCUCCCAAGAAUACAUCAGAAAAAGAACAGAAUCGUUAUAAUGAAGAACUACAUAAUGCAAAGCCCACAGCAACACGGUACCUUUACAUAAUUCGACAUGGCCAAUACAAUAUGAAAGGGGAGUCAGAUAAAGACUUCACUCUGACGGAAUUGGGCCGCAAGCAGGCAGAUCUGACAGGCCAGCGGCUGAAACACUUAGGAGUCCCUUUCUCGCGACUUGUUCACUCAAGCAUGACACGAGCCAUCGAAACGGCCGAGAUCAUUCACAAGCACUUGGAAGCGCUUCCCAUGGAAUCGUGCGAGUUAAUCCGGGAAGGGGCACCUGUCCCUCCCGAACCUCCAUUUGGAACCUGGAAGCCUGAAGCCAAGGUGUUUUUUACAGAUGGUGCCCGGAUAGAAGCCGGCUUUCGCAAGUAUUUCUACCGUGCAGCUCCCAGUCAAAAGGAGGACUCUCACGAGAUCAUCGUUUGCCAUGCCAAUGUCAUUCGAUAUUGGAUAUGCAGGGCACUGCAGUUUCCUCCUGAGGCAUGGUCACGCAUCUCUCUGGCCAACUGCAGCAUCUCUGUUGUGAGGAUACCUCCCUCUGGGCGAGUGUCCGUGCGGUCACUUGGCGACACAGGCCACUUCCCUAGGGAAAUGAUUACGACCAGCUAGCCUCUUGGCCAGUUAGGACCAUAGUUGUUUGCGCUUAUGUUUUCAGGCUCCGGUGGUAUUGCACCUGAUAUAUAUGUAUACAAAGCGGACCUUAGUUUUUAUACAUUAUAAUUUUUUUCGGACCGCCAAAUCGCUAUUGCAAUUUACGCACAUCUUAGUGAUGACGCUUGGCUGUAUAAUUGUGUGGAAAAUGAAUUUUCCACAAUAAAAUAGAGUCGAAUACGAA